CAGCUCUUAAGCAACUGCGCAGUCGCAGCGCAGCGCCUGGGCGCCAGGCGCUCAACAGCAACAACAGCAAGUAUAUAUUCUGUUGGGAGCAGCCACGCCUUCUGCCCACCUUCGCCUACGGCAUUGAUCUCUACAUUAGUGACGCCAUGACUGAGAAUCAGGUAUAUCCCAUGUCAUCGGAAUUCUUUGACAGUGGCUCGAACAGCAGCAGCAAUCCGUUGAAAUACGAAUUAUAUGCACUGGCCACGCCCUCGCUGAGCUUACAGGCGGGCAGCUACAAUAAUAGCAACAGCAACAACAAUAGCAACAGCAACAGCAACAACAAUAAUUCGAGUGCCAUUUCGAGCAGCAGCAACAGCUACACAUCGAAUGUAAUGCUGAGCACAACGGCAAUUAGCAUACCGCGCAGCAACAAUCCCAAUCAGAGCCACCAUCAUAGCCACCACCAUCAUCCGUAUCAGCAGCUGAGCGGAACGCCAACAUUGACACCGACUCCACGCCAGCAGCAGCAUCAUUUGCACAGUUUGCCCAGCAUGGCGCAGCAGCAACAGUUGCAGCAGCAGCAGCAGCAGCAGCAGCAACAACAACAACAGCAGCAACAGCAACAACAUCAAUCGUUGCAGCUGGGUGAACUGAACGUUUUUGGCUUGGACGCAUUGGAUGCGGCUUCGUUGUCACCAACUCUGCUGCAGGACGUCAGCUUGGGCGCCACCUCGCCGCUGAGCUCGAAUUUGUACAGCAGCAGCGUCAACGAUUCGGGCGGCCACAAUGCUGGUGGCAACAGCAGCGCUGCCGGCGCCGGCGUCGGCAGCAGCAACUACUUCACGCCCGAUCUGAGCUCGUGCCUCAGCCUGAAUUUGCCAUCGGAGCAAUCGCUGCUGCAGGAUGUGGUCCAUGGCAGCGCAUUGCUCUACGAGAUGACGCCCAACUCGAAUGCCAUGUGGAGCGACAUUAGCAGCGCCAUUGUUCAUACCAAAAACGAGCCAUUUAGCCUGGACGACGAUUACAUCUUUCCCAACGACAAGGCCGAGAUGCAGGCCGAGCUGGCCGAGUUGAAUGGCGGCGAUUUCUUGGAUGUGAUGAGCACCAUAGAGGAGUUUCUGCCGGCACAGAACUUUUUGCUAUCGCCGCAAUCGCAAACCCAAGAUGCUCUACCUCUAGAGUUGCUGCAGCAGCAGCAGCAGCAACAGCAACAACAGCAGCAGCAGCAGCAGCAGCAACAACAGCAGCAACAGGCUCAGCUGGAAGUUUUGCUCUCGCAGACCCAACAACAACAGGCGGACACCUACGAGCUGUUCCACAGCACACCACAGAAGCCGCCAUCUCAGUUGGGCUCGAGCUUCUCGCCGGGCAGCCAGGCAUCGCAGUCGCCACUGACGCCACCCCCACCGCCGCACGCCAGCCGCUCGCAAUACCAGCUGGUCAAGUCGCGCAACAUGCAGGAGCUGGCAAAGAAGGGCAUGGCCAUGUCCUCGCCGCCCGACCGUCACUCGCUGCUCAGCCAGACGGCCGCGCUCAGUCCGGGCGGCAGCAGCAGCGGCUUUGGCAGCGCUGCCAGCGGCAACAGCACAACCACUGCCACGGCAAAUGCCAGCUCCAGCUCCAACCAGAGCCCCGGCCAGGUGGUCAUCACGGCAACAGCCGCCACGCCUGGCAACAUGCGCAAAUCCUUUGGCUAUCCAACUGGCGGCUCCGCUGUGGAGAGCUCGCAGCUAUCGCGUCUAUCGUCGUCGGCGCCGACGCAUCUGGGCUUGGAGCACAUCUGGAUGCGACGUGAGCCGCGACAGCAUUUACUCUCCACCGGCUCGCUGGCCGAGGCCGAGAGCUUCUCCUCGCUGAGCACCGGCAGCGUCUUGUCGCCCGAUGGCAUCGAUUUCUCCCAGGACGACGACGACGAUGCCUCCAGUGACAACAGCGACAACUACGAUGACUUCAGCAGCGAUAAUGGCUCUGGGGAUGAGGAUGAAACACGCACAUCGACACCAAAUCAGUUGGCCGGCAGCAAGGGCAAGGAGCGUUUCUUUUGGCAGUACAAUGUACAGGCCAAGGGACCGAAGGGCAAGCGGCUGGUGUUCCAGUCCAAGCUGGAGGAUCCACAUUUCCUCAACGAGGUCACAGAUCCCGUGUUCAGUCCCACGUGCUCGGUGCGCGGCAUAAAGGUGUAUAAGCACAGCGGCAAGGCACGCAAGGGCGAUGGCAACGACUUGACGCCGAAUGCGCGCAAGCUGCACAACAUUGGCAAGGAGCUGGACAAGCUGAGUCGCACCAUCAACGACAUGACGCCCGUGUCAGAGCUGCCCUUCAAUGUGCGUCCAAAGUCGCGCAAGGAGAAGAACAAGUUGGCAUCACGCGCCUGCCGGCUGAAGAAGAAGGCCCAGCACGAGGCGAACAAAAUCAAACUAUAUGGCCUGGAGAUUGAGCACAAGCGUCUGAUGAACGGCAUCGCUGAGCUGAAGCAGGCGCUGGCGCUGAAGCAUCGCACAAAGAGUCAGGGCGAGUCCACCGAGGAGGUGGAUCAGCAGAUACAACGCAUUUAUGCAACGGCUUCAUCGGGCAUACGCAUUGCGGGCGGCUCAACCGAAUUUGUGAAUAAAGUCUUGGAGAAUAUGCGCGGCGGCAUGCCCAACGGCGGGCUCGAGGAGCUGCGCAAAUCGUAGACCAAAUAUUCAAAGCUUAAACGAACCGCCCAUCAAGUCUAGACUUAAGCAGUGACUAACAUGUAGCCAUAGCUCUCGCCAACUAAAUCCCUGUCCAACUAAAGCCCGGCAAUGUGACCCAGACGAAAAAACACACACAACCAAACCAAACAAACAAUUUUGAAAAAAUGUUCUGCUUGAGUGCGUGAUAAUAAGUGAAUGGUAACUGGUGUAGAGAGAAGUGAGGGAGCGAGAAUGUCAAAAAACAAAAACAAACAAAAACAAAUGUGAAUGUGAGAAAUAGUUGUAACUGUGAUUUAGGAGCCUGGCAUUGCAUGCAGCAGAUAAGUGCUUGUUUGGCCAGCGCUAACAAAUUGAAACGAAAGAAAAUAGAAUUCCCUGGGUAAAGCUAAAGUAAAAAUAUUCAAAAAUAUUCUAAAACAAAAUACGAAACAAAAUGUAAAGAAAGAGGCAACCAUAAAACAUAAAACCACUACGAAAAUUCGUUUAGUUAUUAAGAAGAAUAUUAAGAUAAAGGAACGAACGCAUGAAUCGAACAGCUAAAUGCAAAGAAAACGAGUCUAGGAAUUAGCUACCAGUUUUACCUGCUUACGAGAUAAGUUUUUUGAUUUUGUUGAAACAUUUGAAUUGCGAAACUAAAUUAGGCAACAAAAUAACAACAAGGAAAC